CUACAGACAAGCCAGUCCUACCAGUUCCACUUCCAAUCUUCAAAGUGGUUCCAUCAACCCCAUCAACAGCAUCACCCCUCGCAACAAUGCCUUCCAACCCAUUCAAUAGCAUGUACCGGGCCAUCCGGUCGAAGUCUCCCAAGUCUGGCAAUGGCUCCGAAAACUCCAAGUAUUCCAAGAACAAUGCAGACUCGAAACAAUCCACAGACAACACGCCCUCAAAAGAACAUGCGCAUGACGAUUCUGCUUCGGUGCUCAGCGAUGCCACUACCCUAGCUCCUCGAAAAGACGAACAGCCGUCGAGUAAAGACAACAGUCGAGAUCAAGAAGAGAUUGAUUUCAAUUCUGUGCGAUACAUGAUGCGAGGAAUGGCGACCCGUCAUUGAUGCCGCAAUUUACCAAUGCGCACCUUUUAUCUGCACGUUAUAGCGCCUUUCAUGAGAGAUGACUGAUCAAAAUGUAUGGUUAUGGUUUGGGAUGAGUGGACUCUUGGGUUGAUUUCUUGGGGACAGAAGAGGACGUGGUUUGGUGUUUUGUUUGGGAUACUAUCAUAAUACAUUACAUGGUAACAAACGCACGGCACAGCGCC